UGACUCCUAAACAGCUUGAACAGCCAAGAGAUUUAUUUACGUUUUGCUCUGAGUACUGACAAAAUGUCCGGGAACUCUGAUUUGCUUGCGGCAGCGGACUAUGUGGUGUUUGCUGUUGUUCUGCUCGUGUCUGCUGGUAUUGGGUUUUAUUAUGCCUGGAAAAGCAGAAGCCAUGGAACCUCCAGAGACUUUUUAACUGGGGGCCGAAAACUCAGUGCCCUGCCUGUCUCCCUGUCUCUGACUGCCAGCUUCAUGUCAUCGGUCACAGUGCUGUCCAACCCAGCUGAGGUGUAUCGCUAUGGAGCCAUAUUUGGCUAUCUUUGUAUUUCCUAUGUAAUAAUGGUGGUGUUCAUAUCGGAGGUCUUUCUCCCAGUCUUCUACAGACUGGCCAUCAACAGCACAUAUGAGUAUCUGGAGCUGCGUUUCAACAGAGCAACCCGUCUGAUGGGAACAAUGAUCUUCUGUAUUAAUGCAUUGCUCUACACUGGACUUGUAAUUUAUGCUCCAGCUCUUGCUUUGAACCAAGUGACUGGUAUGAACCUGUGGGGUGGAAUUAUUUCAACAGCCAUGCUUUGCACUCUUUAUUGCACACUGGGUGGCCUGAAAGCAGUGGUGUGGACAGAUGCUGUCCAGAUUGGAAUAAUGUUUGCAGGCUACAUGUCUGUUAUAAUCAAGUCUGUGAUCUUAAAAGGAGGAAUCUCCACCAUCUUGUCAGAUGCCCAAGAAGGAGGAAGAAUCAACUUUGUGGACUUUGACAUAAACCCUCUGAGAAGACACACUUUUUGGACUCUAGUCAUCGGAGGAACAUUUGGUUGGAGCGCCACCUAUGGGACCAACCAAGCUCAGGUUCAGAGAUACAACUCCUGCAAGAGCGUGACAAAUGCCAGACUAGCUCUGUUCAUCAAUGCAUUAGGCCUUACUUGCACCCUAACAUCGUCAGUGCUUUCAGGAUUAUGUAUUUACUCAUUCUAUAAGGACUGUGACCCAUGGACAGCUGGACAAGUUUCUUCUUCUGAUCAGCUGUUGCCUUAUUUGGUGAUGGACAUCUUGGCCGACCACCGAGGCCUUCCAGGACUUUUUUUUGCAGCAGUAUAUAGUGCCUCUCUGAGCACAGUUUCUACCUCAAUCAAUGCACUGGCUGCAGUGACUGUAGAGGACCUGAUCAAGCCAUGCACUAACCUGUCUGAGAAAAAGCUUCUCCUAAUCUCCAAAGGGCUGAGUUUAUUUUUUGGAGUUGUAUGCAUUGCCAUGGCUGGGCUGGCAUCACUCAUGGGACAUAUGAUGCAGGCAGUGUCUGUCAUUGGUGGGGUCAUUGGAGGUCCUUUACUUGGCCUGUUCAGUUUGGGUGUCCUCUGUCCAUUUGCCAACUCCAAAGGAGGUCUGUUGGGCCUCGUGGCAGGGUUGGCUGCAGCCCUGUGCGUGACCAUCGGAGCCCUGAUAUCCCCUUCCCCUCCUGAGAUGACCCGACCUCUCUCGCUGAGCACUGAGGGUUGUAACUUCACUUCUGGCAGCAGUCUCAACUGGACUACCGCACUGCCAACAGAACCAAGCCCAAUUAUCACAACCCCAGGACAGAACACUGAUGACAUACGUUCGCUUUACUGGCACACUCCGUCCUACCUUUACUUCGUUGUCAUUGGAUGUCUAACAUCUGUUAUUGUUGGAGUCAUUAUCAGUCUCCUGACAGGAGGUUUGAGGGAGACGGUGGACCCGAGGCUUACACUAAUGAAAGAAGACACUCUUUCCUAUCAGCUAUUCAAACUUGUCAAAGACAGGGUCACGAGACGAACAGAGAAAGUUGAUCGGUCAAAACAGGAGGAUAAAGACACAAAUCCUACUCAUGUGAAAUUCAACAACUCCGUCUGUGUUUCAGCUUUUUAACGGCCGAUACAAAAGUUUCAUGAUUCUGCAGCAAUGCUCACUUUGACCAGCUGGACUAAUAAGAAAUGAGAACAAAGGAAAUCAAUGUCAGCAAAACAAUUGUGCUUUUAUUUAAAUAUGUACUUGUGUACAAUGAUGAUUGUACAGCUGUAUUCUAUUUAACACAUUAUUUUCACACAGAUCGACUGAAAAAUCCAACAGCCAUAUUAUUAUGGAGGUUGUUGCUGACGUCAAUAACAGUUGUUUUAGUGUCUUUCUUUACAGCACUUAGAAUGUUUUUGUCAUCAACUGCUUUUCUUUUCCUUGGUAUACCUGUUUGACAUCUGUUACUUAGCACACCCAUGAUGACUUUCUUCGUCAGGAUGCUCCAAACUGUUGUGCAAUGGCUCUGAUUGAUUUUUGAUCUUCUCUCAGCUUCACAAUUGCUUGUUUUUCACCCACAGAGAGCUCUCUGGUUUUCAUGUUUAUUACUCGCUAUAAAAGCUAUAAAAGCACAGUUUGCACACACAAAACCCAAAUCUGAGACUGACUGUAGACAUUUGGUGCUAUUUGUUUGAAUUAUCACUGUAACAGGACACAUCUGGUCCACAAAGCACAUCUGUCAGUCAAAUGUUCCUGACAAGACAAAUGGGUGGAUUCAGACAACAGGUGCUAUCUGGGAAAAAAAAGAGCUGGCAUGUUGAUCAUGUUUCAUAUUCAUUGUUUAAUGCCAAUCCUAUAUGUUUUCAGUCUGCAGCAAAAAUAAAAGCACUGGCCUCA